GGAAAAUCUAUUGACUUGAACGGCACAGAGGAUACUCACGCUUAAGCAUCUCCGCCAUGGGUUUAGAUGGUCCGCAAAGAAGCCUCCCUCUCUGCCUGUCUCUGUUUGGCAUUCUGGUGGUGCGCGUGUCUGUCAUUGCCCGUGUGGAGCGGCAUCGACCGGCUUUGAUGAAAGCCACUCGACACAGCUCCAAGGCUGGCUCGACAGGCUCAACGCACCAGCAGAAGUGCCCCACCGCCACACUGCACACGGAUGAAGGGACGGGUGGGCGGAUGGGAUGAGUCAGACACACAGACAGUCACCAGUCACACCUUCACACAUGCCUACAGCCAUCGGCACGCAAGAGCGAGGAGAGCCGCCCAUUCGACUCACUCACUCACACACAAGAGAUGACACCCCACAGGCGAGCAGCCUGCAGGCGAACAACACUUACACACAGCUCGUCAGUGCCGAUGUCCGGCCAAGCAAGGGACUCUGCCUGCCUGCCUGCCUGCCUCCUCCCGUAUCGACAAGUAGCUAGGUAGCAGCAAGAACAGCACAACCAACACAACACACCACACGGACCCACGGGCCUCCCUCCCUAGAUAGUCAGGUCGCAAACUCAGUAAGGGAGAACUACUUGAUUAAGGCAUGCCCUUCUCGCUACAUCGUGCGAUCGAAAACGCAUGCACACACGCAUCACAUCCCAUCGAUGGGCGCGUUCUUUCAUUCCAAAUGCACUCACGCCCUCCCCCCUCCCUCCCCCCUCCCUCCCUCACAGCUGUGUGUACGCAGUACACACACACACACACACACACAGACACACAGGCACACGGAGCAAUUUGCUCCACUGAAAAUCCCCUCCCUCCCAGUCAGAUGAAGCCGGCAUACAUGUCCAGAGGAUUGACAGAGACCGUCUCGGGCCCAUACACGAGGCAAUCGACCACUGUUGACCAGAAAGGGGCGAGCACCACCAAUUGCAAGGCAAUCCACUGCCGCGACGUCAUGAGCUUCCGGUGCUGCAGCGUCGCGCCAAGGAAGACGAUCGCAUUGGCAAGCGCCAUGCCGAAGGCGGCGUGGUACAGGAGAAUAGACUCCGCGGGGAAGGUGUCCAGCACUCGGUCGAGCCACUCUCUGCCCCCAACCAGCAUGUUCCACAAGAUCGGCGUGUGCAGCAGGUUGGGAUAAGACGCAAUGCGAUGAAUGACCAUCGACUCCAGGCGGGCCUCCGCAAAGGCGCCAGGGGUGCGGAUCCGCCCCAAGGCGUAUUUCGCUGAGAUCAUGGCCAAGUCGCUCUCCAAUGCCCGCUCCGCGGUGUAGAUGCCGCGCAGGAUCAUGAAGAGGAAGACGGCCCCAAUGCCGUCGGUAGCCCACUCGAGCGACGGAGGGUAGAACCCUGACACCCACAGCGCCUCCCAGACGCCCAACAGCGUCAUGCCGACCCCGAGCCCCUCGAACCCCUCAGACUUCGCAGGACUCAUGUGUUUGCUCAUCGGCGCACAGCUGACGCAGUUGAGCACCCCGACCAGCAGCAGCGCCACCGAAAGGGCGUCGGCUUGCCACAGGUCGUAUGGCGAGGGCGGCGGGACGAGUUGCUGGAGGCCGAGGGAGGGGCCGACCAUUUCCCAGAGGAACCACAGGCCCCCGAGCCCGAUGUACGCGACACCGGAGAUGGCGUGAAUGUGCAGCCAGUCCAUCCUCGUCCACAGGCGCCGCUUCACCUCCGCCCAGAAUGAACGGGGGAUGCGCUUGGGCGGGGGUGGCACUGGCACAGCUGCGGCAGCCGCAACGGUAUAACCGGGGGGUCGAUUGGCCUCCUCGUGUGCCUCCGCCUCGAUGAGUGAAACAUGCGCAUGGGGGGCCACAUCAGAGGUGCUGAUGAGCACCGGAGGGGCGACGACGGGCGACGGGCUGCUGGCGGGAUGGAGAGACCCUGAGGAAGGCGACACAGUCUGGCGUCUGCAGCCAAGUGGACACACAGACAGCAGUGAAUGAGUGAGUGCAAUGUAGGUCUGUGUGCACGCCGGGCGGGGGAAUGGACGGCUGCCGUGUGUGACAGACUGAUCCAUCGCGGGCGCGGCGCAUGUACCUACCCGUUCGCACGACAGACAGAUGGGGACGACACCGAAGAAGGCAGCGGCCUUUUCUUCUCUGUAAGUGGAAGCCUGCAAGCACAUGUCAGGACAGACACUGCAGAUCUCUUGCUUGGUGUUCUUGCUGAGUGAGGACCAUACCGUGGGACUCGAGACCUUCGCGAGGGGGAUGGUGGUGCCUCAAAGGCGGCAGCCGAAGCCAACAGGCAGAAAAUCAAUGACGACAGCAGGGCAAGCAUGAGCCUCUUGCCAAAGCCUGGCCUCUCCACCCCC